AUGGAGGGCAUUUCGAACAGUAGUGAAAAUGUGGAAGUCGCCGAUGAAACCGACACUAGGCCUACGGAAUCGCCGCAGGUUGAACAUACAUCUCCCAGCCACAUUCGCAGAGGGUCUAUCGUAGCCACGCCGGCAGCGUCAGCGGCAUUAAUGGAAGAAUAUUACAGCACUAGCAAUCCAAAGCGUGGACUAGCGCUUAUUAUCAAUCAAGUGAAAUUUCGCAGAAUGACCCAACGAGAUGGUAGUAACAGGGAUCGUGAUAGUAUAAGCUCGGUGUUGAGCGAAAUCGGGUUUGAUGUACGCGUGUAUGAUGAUCCAAAUAAGAAGAAACUUCUUGCGAUGCUAGAGGAGAUUGCUAACGAAGAUCAUUCGCAGAAUGACUGUCUGGUGGUGGUAGUUAUGACCCACGGCGAUAAGGAUGUCCUGCAUGCGUCUGAUGAUAGCUACCCGGUGGGUCGUUUGUGGGAACCAUUCGUUGGCAAUGGAUGCAAGACGCUGGUUGGAAAACCCAAGCUGUUCUUCAUACAGGCUUGCCGAGGGGAAACAUUCGAUGUCGGCGUUAAAAUGUCCAAAGUGUUAACGGACACAGUCGAUGCACGAUCGUCAUCGGAGCAACUGCUGUAUGUGAUACCUACCAUGGCGGACCUGUUGGUGAUGUACUCUACGUACGAUGGACACUACUCGUGGCGCAAUCCUAUCAACGGGUCCUGGUUCAUCCAAUCGCUCAGCAUGGAGCUGGAGAAGAACGCUCACUCCAAGGAGCUGCUACAUCUGUUGACUGGCGUUUCGCGAAGAGUCGCCUACCAAUAUCAAUCGAACGUUCCGGGCAAUUCGAAAAUGGAUGCAAAGAAACAGAUGCCGUGCAUAGUGUCCAUGCUGACCAAAUUGUUCUACUUCCCACGUAAAUAG